AUGAUGACAAAAUCAAAUCAUUGUGAAAAAGAUGAAAAAGAAUGGAAUAAUUAUAAUCUAUUUGCUUCAACAAAAGAAAUUGAAGAUGAAAAAAUAAUUGAAUUGGAAGGAAAAAUUCCUGAAUGGUUAAAAGGUACUCUUUAUCGUAAUGGUCCAGGAACUUAUGAAAUAAAUAAUGAUAUAAAAACAUCAUUUAAUCAUGCAUUUGAUGGUUUUGCUUUUAUUCAAAAAUAUAAUAUUGAUGGACAAUCUCAAUUAGUUCGUUUUCGUGCAUCAUUUAUUAAAUCACGUGCAUAUACUCAAUCAUUAGAAAAUUCUCGUUUAUCUGUAAGACAAUUUGGUACAGAUCCAUGCAAAUCAAUUUUUGGAAGAUUUCAAUCACUUUUUCGUAGUACAGAUCCAACAACAUAUAGUGAUGAUACUGGUGUUACUGUUCAAAUUGUACAUAAUCAAUUAUUAGCACUUACAGAAACACUAGCAGCCAAUAUUCUUGAUCCUGAUACACUUGAAUUAAUAGGUCCACUUAUAACAAUACCUUAUACUCAAUCACUUGAUUCAGAAAUAAUGACAAUAACAACAGCUCAUGUUAUGCAUGAUGAUAAACGUCAAAUGACAAUUGGUUAUAGUGGAAGAGUAACACGUAAAGGACAUUGGCUUGAUAUUAUAUUCAUAUCGGAUGAACCAUCGAAUCAAGAUAAAACAGAAGAAGAUGAUGAUGAUGUUGAUAAAUGGAUAUCUGCUAAUGAUCGUUUUAUUAGUAUAACAGAUAAAAUGAGUUCAACUGGAAAAGAUUAUAAUCGUCGUAUUAAAUCAAGUACAAAAUUGUAUCGUUUUCCAUAUGAAUAUGCAUGUUAUAUGCAUUCAGCAUCAAUUAGUGAAGAUUAUUUAAUUUUAACAGAAAUUCCAUAUCAUUUUAAUACGUUUUAUGCUAUUUGGACUAGUAUAUCAGGUGGUACACUAACAGAUAUGUUUAAAUGGAAUGGUAAAACAAUGCCAACUUAUUUUCGUAUAAUUAGUUUAGAUACAGGUGAACAAAUAGCUCGUAUUCCUGGUCCAGCUUUUUUUACAUUUCAUCAUAUUAAUUCUUAUCAAAAUAAACAUAAUAAAAAACAAAUUAUUGUUGAUAUUUGUGCUUUUGAUGAUCCAAGAAUAAUAAAUGAACUUUAUUUGGAUAAAUUACGUCAAAAUAUAUUUCCUUCAGGUGCUGGUUAUCUUAGAAGAUUUCAAUUAGAUUUAGAUAAAAAAAACAUUUAUGCUCAUAGUCUUAUACCAAUUCAAUUUGAAUUACCUAGAAUUAAUCCAAGAUUUAUAACUAAACAAUAUCGAUAUAUAUAUUGUGUACGUGCACUACCUGGUCGAUUGUUUGAUGCAUUAAUUAAAUUAGAUGUUGAAUCAAAACAAGAAGUAGGUUUAUGGGAAGAAGAAUGUACAUCACCAAGUGAACCUAUUUUUGUUCCAAGACCUGAUGCGAAUUAUGAUCAAGAAGAUGAUGGAAUUAUUUUAUCAAUUAUUUUAGAUCAACAAUCUAAACGAUCAUUUAUACUUGUACUUGAUGGAAUUACAUUUAAAGAAGUUGCUCGUACUUAUCUUCCAAUGCAUAUACCAUUAUCAUUUCAUGGAAAUUUUUAUUGA